AGCGGAUUUGGGAAUAUGAAGUUACAAAUAUCUUUUCUGCUGCUGCUGCUUUCUGUGAACAUUGUCUACAGCACUGUCUAUUAUCCUGAACGCUUUAAGGUGCAGCCUAGUGAAUCAAUGAAAGGGCCUGCUUUCCUACCUUUCGGUGUGAAAAGCCAAGUUGUCCAGGCAAGGGGCGAUCAAGGCCCUUCUGGACCAGCAGGCCCUCCCGGUCCAAGAGGACUCCCAGGCCCAGCAGGGGCUCCAGGAAAACCAGGAUAUGGAAGCCAAGGACCUCAAGGGCCACCGGGACCCCCAGGACCCCCAGGACCUUCAACCGCUGGAAAGCCAGGCCUGCCAGGUUUGCAAGGAAGGCCAGGGGAAAGAGGACUAACUGGUGAAAAAGGAGAUAUGGGCCCCGCCGGUCUCCCAGGGCCGAGAGGUCCCCCAGGGGCCCCUGGAAUUCCUGGCCCAGCUGGGAUAUCUGUUGCUGGAAAACAAGGGCUGCCAGGGCCACAAGGGCUAAGGGGUGCCCCAGGAGAAAAAGGUGAGCCAGGCAUUCCUGGUAUCAAUGGACAGAAGGGUGAGAGUGGAUAUGGGGCUCCAGGUCGCCCAGGUGAAAGAGGUCUGCCGGGGCCACAGGGACCUUCAGGCCCUCCAGGACCAGCAGGGGUAGGAAGGCCUGGGCAAAGAGGAUUUCCAGGGGAGCCAGGUAUUAAAGGGGAGCGGGGUUUUCCAGGCACCUCAGGUCCCAUUGGCGCCCCAGGUCCACAAGGCUCUCGUGGGGAACCUGGGGAACCAGGAGUAGGAAAACCUGGACCAAGUGGACCACCAGGAACACCAGGGAUCCCUGGAGCAAAAGGACUUCCAGGUCCCUCUGGCCUUCCUGGGCCUUCUGGUCUCCCAGGAUUUGGAAAACCAGGGUUGCCCGGGAUGAAGGGACAGAGAGGACCUGAAGGUCUCCCUGGUGCCCCAGGAGAAAAGGGAGAACAAGGACCAGCUGGUGCUCCAGGUGAACCAGGACCACUCGGACCACCUGGGAAUGUGGGCCCUCAAGGGCUCAGAGGUGCAGCAGGUGAAAAUGGCCUCCCUGGACUCAAGGGUGAGAGAGGCCCUGCAGGCCCAGCAGGAUUCCCAGGUGUUAAAGGGGAGAGGGGUCUACCAGGACUGCAGGGGAAAUCAGGAUACCCAGGGGAGCCAGGACUUCCUGGCCCAAAAGGACAACCAGGUUUGCCAGGUCCAAAAGGGGACGCAGGGCAUGCUGGGCAACCUGGCCUACCUGGCCCAAUGGGAUCACCAGGACCUAAGGGAGUGGCAGGAUUCAAUGGUGAACCAGGCCCUAGAGGACCGCCAGGAAUACCUGGUACAAAAGGACCAAUUGGUCCUCCAGGUAUUCCAGGAUUCCCUGGCAGUAAAGGGGAAACGGGUGCACCAGGAUUACCGGGCCCAGCUGGUAUUGCUGCAAAGGGUUUAGAUGGGCCUAUGGGACCCCCAGGACCACCAGGCCCCAAAGGCCACAAUGGGCAGCCUGGUUUGCCAGGUCCUCCAGGUCCACCUGGGCCUCCUGGAGAAGCAGUAAUCCCAGGAGGCCAGGCCCUGGCCGGAAUACCUGUUAUGAAAGCUGGUGAAGUGCAAGGUCUAACUGGCUUCCCGGUGUCAGCUUUCACUGCCACUCUUUCCAAAGCUUACCCUGCAUCAGCUGCCCCUAUCAGAUUUGAUAAGAUCUUGUACAAUAGACAACAGCACUACGACCCCAGGUCAGGGAUCUUCACUUGCAGGAUACCAGGACUUUACUACUUUGCUUACCAUGUGCAUGUGAAAGGGUCACAUGUUUGGGUAGGCCUGUACAAAAAUGGCUCGCCCAUCAUGUACACCUUUGAUGAGUACAAGAAAGGCUACCUCGAUCAGGCUUCUGGUAGUGCUGUUAUUGAGCUCAUGGAAAAUGAUCAAGUCUGGUUGCAGCUGCCCAACAAUGAAUCGAACGGCCUGUUCUCUUCAGAGUACGUUCACUCCUCCUUCUCAGGUUUCUUAUUUGCACAAAUAUAACAUUCUGCCACCCCCAACAUAUAGUGUCUUAGUAUUUGUGUUUCUACUUGUAGAUGUCCAGAGGAGACUAGCUGAAGAAAGUGUGAAUUCAAAAUUAAAUUUCAAAGGCAAAUGCUACUUUAUGUUUAUCUUAGGUGCUGUUUUUAAAAGACAUUUUAAAGAAGGGGUCGGGAGUCUGUGGCUCUCCAGAAUGUUGCUGGAUUCCAACUCCCAUUAACUCCAGCUAAUUGUUAGGGAUGAUAGGAGAUGUAGUCCAACAACAUUUGGAGGGCCAUAUAUUCCUCACUCCUACUUUAAAGGGUGAUGUUCACAAACUAUAAUUAUAUUUCAGUGCAAUACUCAACAAUGUAUUUAACCUGCCCAAACACUGAGAAAUCCCAAUUGUAAUUGCCGGGAUUAGAUAUUUAAAAUUGUAAGG